UUCACUACUUCUGUGACUGAAGAUGACGAGACAUGGAAAAAACUGCACAGCUGGAGCUGUGUACACCUACUACGAGAAGAGGAAAGACACUGCUGCUUCUGGAUAUGGAACACAAACUGUUCGGCUCAGCAGAGAUGCCGUGAAAGAUUUUGAUUGCUGCUGCUUAUCUCUCCAGCCAUGUAAAGAUCCUGUGGUAACGCCAGACGGAUACAUCUUUGAGAAAGAAGCCAUCUUGGAAUACAUCUUGCACCAGAAGAAAGAGACUGCUCGUCAGAUGAAGUUGUAUGAAAAGCAGAAGAAUGAGAAGAAGGCAGAAAUGGAAGAAUUAAACAAAGCUGCAAAGGACUCCAAAAUGAAAGUGUUUCUUGAUAAGGAAAUGUCCAUCAUCAGUAAACCACUCAACCCCUUCUCAAAGAAAAUGGAGGGUAAUGGCUCAGUAGAGGAGGCCAGCAGCAGUCGGCAAAGCGGUGAGGAUAAAAACAAGCAGCUUCCCAGCUUUUGGAUCCCAUCGCUGACACCAGAGGCCAAAUCCACACUUGUGAAGAAGCCAGACAAGAAUGUUUACUGUCCCAUGAGUGGAAAGCCUCUGAAGAUGAAAGACUUGAUAGAUGUAAAGUUUACUAAAGUGGAUGAAAAGGUGGAUCGGGUCGGUCUCAUAAACCGUCAAGACAGAUAUGUUUGUGCAGUGACGCGGGAUAUGCUUGGCAAUUCUGUACCCUGUGCAGUUUUACGGCCUUCGGGAGCUGUGGUCACAUUGGAGUGUGUGGAGAAGUUGAUUAAGAAAGACAUGACUGAUCCGGUCAGUGGAGAGAAGCUUACAGAGAAGGAUAUUCUUGUUUUGCAGAGGGGUGGCACAGGAUUCUCAGGAUCAGGAGUACAGCUGGAAGCUAAAGAAGCUCGACCAGUCAUGCAGGCAUGAGAAGUAUUUGUAUCGCCAACCUCUCCAUUCAGCAUCCUCCUGUAAUUUUGCCCUCUUAACAGAUUCAACUACAAAAAUUUGAUUAUUCCCUUUUGUGUGCAAUAAAGUAGGUAUUGAACAUUGGUUGGGUCCUGACAGCUCUGCAGAACUAAAUCUCAGCUCAGUGAUAAAAGUAGCCGGCCCCCAGUUUGUUGUGGCUCCUGUUCCUCUAUUAUUCUCUCAAAUUGAACAGUCGCAUGUCCCUCCCAUUACCUAGGAGUGGAUCAAUUUGUGCAUAUUCUUACAGCAUAUCUUAUAAGGUGAGCGAUCCAUCUAAGAUUUAAGCUUUUAUCCUUUUU